AUGGAUCAUCCGGCCACAUCUGCGCAGUGCAUCCAGUUCAUUCGACUGUCUUGCACAAAAAUUAUUGCCGCAAAAUCACAGAAAGGUGGAGCUAAACUGCACAGAAAUCUUCUCAUCAUUCAUAUGGUACGACGAGCGAAGGAUUAUCAAAACAAAUUGGAGGAUCUCGAAGCAAGUACUAUUGAAACGGACGAUGAUGCGUAUGUGAGUCCACCACUUGAGUUUUCGGUACGUGAUUGCGAUUCUGAAACGGAGCUAUGUGAAGCCGCCGACGAACCGUUAGCGUUCGCAUGUGAAGCUACAGAAGACAUUGACGAUAUGGCGAAUCGUUGUGAUCGUAAGCGUAAAGCUGAAUCCCGUACACCACCAUAUCGUAAGAAGACCGCGUCGGAUAGAGCUGUACCGCAAUUGCACUCCGCUCUUGUAUGCAAAUAG